AUGGCCGACUCCGGGAAGAUCACUAUCUCCAUCGACCGCGGGGGAACUUUUACCGAUGUCCACGCCAUCGUUCCUGGUCGUUCAGACAUUAUUAUCAAGCUGCUUUCCGUUGAUCCUUCACAUUAUCAAGAUGCCCCCACGGAAGGCAUUAGGCAGAUCCUUGAGCUUGCAACGGGCGAGCCUCAUCCCCGCGGGCGCCCGCUGAAGCUCGAUCGCAUUGGUUGUCUUCGAAUGGGUACCACCGUGGCAACGAAUGCAUUGCUUGAGCGCAAAGGAGCUCGAUCGGUACUGUUUACGACCAAAGGAUUUCGGGACCUUUUGAAGAUCGGUGACCAGUCGCGGCCAGCCAUCUUUGAUCUCUCUGCGGCGAGACCUGGCGUGCUGCCCGAGAGUGUUGUCGAGGUAAAUGAACGAGUAGUUCCUUGUCAUCCUUCCGCAGACGAGAAAUGCUUCUCUGGAGCCCGUAUAGUGGAAGGCAUCACAGGCGAGAAGUUCCGUGUGGUUCAGGAAUUGGAUCUUGACCAGGUCCGAUCAGAGCUCCUCCGCCUGAAGGAACAAGGCUACCAGUCCCUCUCGGUAGCCCUCGUACACUCUUUCGCCUAUCCCGAACAUGAGCGUCAGAUCGGAGAACUGGCUGAGCAGAUGGGAUUCUCUGUUACGCUUUCUUCCAAGCUGCAGCCAAUGAUCAAAAUCGUGCCUCGUGGCAUGUCGGCUGCCGCUGACGCCUAUCUCACUCCCGUCAUCAAGACUUAUAUUGACUCCAUCUCGGCAAGCUUCGAAGGCGGCUUAGAAAAGCAACAGGAAUGCCGAUUCGAAUUCAUGCAGUCCGACGGUGGUCUCGUGGACUUCCGCAAGUUUAGCGGGUUGAAAGCCAUCCUUUCCGGUCCUGCUGCUGGCGUGGUAGGAUUUGCUGCCACCAGUUGGGAUCCCAUUGAGAAGAUACCCGUGAUCGGCUUUGACAUGGGCGGUACAUCUACUGAUGUUUCACGUUUUGAUGGGCACUUGGAGCACGUUUUCGGAUCCAAGGUCGCUGGCGUUCUCAUUCAGUCUCCACAGCUUGAUAUCAACACUGUUGCUGCCGGUGGUGGCUCUAUUCUGACAUGGCGCAACGGCCUAUUCUAUGUUGGCCCCGAAUCAGCCAGCGCGCAUCCCGGCCCAGCCUGCUAUCGCAAAGGAGGCCCCCUAACCGUGACGGAUGCCAACUUGUUCCUUGGUCGAUUGCUUCCCGAGUAUUUCCCUCAUAUUUUCGGACCCAAUGAGGACCAACCCCUGGAUACUGAGAUCACUGCGCAAAAGUUCCAUGACUUGACACAAAGGAUCAAUGCCGAGCGCCGUCAGAAUUCCCAACCAGAAUACACUUCAGAGGAAAUUGCCCUUGGGUUCCUCAAGGUUGCUGAUGAGUCUAUGGCUCGCCCCAUUCGUAACUUGACCGAGGCCCGUGGCUUCGAAACUGCCUCUCACCACCUGGCCUGCUUUGGAGGAGCCGGUGGCCAACAUGCUUGCUCCGUGGCAGCUUCACUGGGCAUCUCGCGCAUCAUUAUCCACAAAUACUCUUCGGUCCUGUCUGCAUAUGGCCUAGCACUUGCAGAAGUGGUCAAAGAAUCUCAGGAGCCAAUCUCCUCUGAUUAUCUUUCAUCUCAUGCCAACCUUCUCCAACGCUUCGAUGAGAUGGCUGUAGCUGCAACAAAAGAAAUGCAGGGACAGGGGUUCCCUUCCAAUCAAGUGCAUCAUGAGCAAUAUCUGAACAUGCGUUAUGAGGGAUCCGACACUAGUCUGAUGAUCUUGCGACCGGAGGCUUCGUCCGAUUUCUUGGAUGAGUUCCGCGAGCGUCACCGCCGCGAGUUCAACUUCAACUCGGACCGACCAAUCCUUGUUGAUGAUAUUCGUUUGAAGGAUGCAAACAUGAAGGAUGUCACAACCGAGGCCGCCAACACGACUGCCGCCUAUUUCGAUGGUUAUUCCGCGCGCAUCGACACCCCUGUGUACUUGCUCGACAAACUGGAGAAACACAGCCGGAUCGCUGGCCCUGCUGUCAUUAUCGAUCAGACUCAAACGAUUGUCGUCGCUCCCAAUGCCGUCGCGAACCUAUUGGAAACUUGCAUUGUCAUCGAUCUCAAGGACAAGCCAACCGUCUCUCCUUCCGAGACACAAAUUACCACCGAGAUCGAUCCUAUCCGUCUCAGCAUUUUUGGUCAUAGAUUCAUGUCUAUUGCUGAGCAGAUGGGUCGCACUCUGCAAAAGACCUCUGUGUCAACCAAUAUCAAGGAACGACUGGAUUUCUCCUGCGCUCUCUUCUCACCCGAUGGAGGACUUGUUGCCAAUGCUCCGCACGUCCCGGUACAUCUGGGCUCGAUGCAGUUCGCCGUGCGUUACCAGCAUGAAAAGUGGCUAGGCAAUCUCAAGGAUGGCGAUGUGCUUGUGGCCAACCACCCUAGCUGCGGUGGUACUCACCUGCCUGAUAUCACUGUAAUUACACCCGUCUUUGAUCGUCCUGAUGGCACCGAAAUCAUGUUCUACGUUGCUUCGCGUGGCCAUCACGCUGACAUUGGUGGUAUCCUACCCGGGUCCAUGCCUCCCAAAUCGACAGAGCUCUGGCAGGAGGGUGCUGCUAUUGAGGGUGACAAGAUCGUCAGUAAUGGUGUUCUUGACGAGGCCCGUUUGAUUGAACUACUUGUCACGAAGCCGUCCCAGUAUCCCGGCUGUUCUGGCGCACGCUGCAUUAGUGACAAUAUGUCCGACCUCAAGGCACAGAUCGCCGCCAACACUCGCGGUAUCACUUUGAUACAGAGCCUUUUUGCGGAGUAUGGCGUUGAGACUGUUCAAAAAUACAUGUAUGCCAUCCAGGCGACCGCUGAGACCGCCGUACGAAAUCUCCUCAAGGGUUUGUAUGAGAAGUUUGACGGGAAACCUCUCGAGGCUGUUGAUUACAUGGACGAUGGCACCCCGAUCCGCUUGAAAGUGACAAUUGAUGGCUCGGAUGGGUCUGCUGUCUUCGACUUUGAUGGCACUGGCCCUGAGGUGUACGGCAGUUGGAAUGCACCCAUUGCAAUCACACACUCGGCAAUCAUCUAUUGUCUGCGAUGCAUGAUCAAUGCGGACGUUCCCCUCAACCAGGGGUGCCUGGCUCCAAUUGAUAUUAGGGUUCCUUCGCCCAGCAUUCUGUCGCCCACAAAGACAGCUGCUGUUGUGGGUGGAAACGUGGUCACAUCACAGCGCAUCACCGAUGUCGUUCUCAAAGCUUUCCGGGCUUGUGCCGCCUCUCAGGGUUGCUGCAACAAUCUGACCUUUGGCACAAACCCCAAGCUCGACCCCGAAACGGGAGCUAUCAUCACUCCUGGCUUUGGGUAUUACGAGACUAUUGCUGGUGGUAGCGGGGCUGGUCCGACCUGGAAGGGCGAGUCUGGCGUCCACGUUCAUAUGACCAACACGCGAAUUACUGACCCCGAAAUCCUUGAGAAACGAUACCCAACCGUUCUUCGUCAAUUCACCUUGCGAGAAGGCUCCGGCGGCCGAGGCAAGAAUCAAGGUGGUGAAGGCGUGGUGCGUGACAUCGAAUUCCUUGCUCCAAUGCAAGUCUCAAUUCUGUCGGAGCGACGUGUUCACAGACCUUACGGUCUUGAAGGGGGCGAACAUGCCCAACCAGGCCUGAACCAGUGGAUCACCCGGGACGCAGAGACUGGCGAAGAGCGCCAGAUCAAUAUUGGAGGUAAGAACACUGUGUCGGUCAAGACACACGAUCGGGUGGUUAUUAUGACCGCCGGCGGUGGUGGCUGGGGCGCCGAAGAGACUGCUGCGUGA